UAUAAAGACCAAUUAAGAAGACCCAUCACGUGAAAUUCUGAUUAAUAUACUCUCUCUUUAUUUUUAUUUUGUUGCUUAAUAAUAAUAGUUAUAAUCUUUCUCACCCGCUCUCUACUCAAUCUUUCUUUUCCAUCAAGAGAGAGACUCACGUCGCCACCUGCUCUUUGUCUGUUUACUCUUUGUUUCAAGGAUUCCUUAGUGAGACAGAGAGAGAGAAAGAAAGGAAAAUGCUAGGCAACUGUGAGAAGAUGGUUGUCAUCUCUCCAACUACUAACGAAUGGCCACAGAAUCAGAUAGAUGAGAAAAGCUUGAUGGUAUCAUCAACAAGUAAACUAAUGGAGAAACGGGGCCAAGACCCAUCACAACCACAGCAGCAGCAGCAGCCACAGCAAGCUCUCAAGUGUCCUCGCUGUGAUUCCUCAAAUACUAAGUUCUGUUACUAUAACAACUACAGCUUAUCUCAGCCAAGACACUUUUGCAAAGCUUGCAAAAGAUACUGGACUAGAGGUGGAACUUUGAGGAAUGUUCCUGUAGGAGGUGGAUGCAGAAAGAACAAGCGAGUCAAAAGGCCAUCUUCUUCUGGUGGUGAAGGUACUAUUAAUCAAGUCUCUAGUGUAAACCCUAAUAACCCUUCUUCUCAUCAAACCCCAAUUGAUCAUAUCACUUCCACUUCAAAUCAUAUCAAUCAUUUGUUUUAUGGCUUACCCACUAACCCAUCUGAAAUGAAUCUUCCAUUUGGAAGGUUCAAUUCAAGAGUCUCAUCAAAUAUGGAUACUGGUUACGAUCUUCCGCCUCAGUUAAAUGCUCUUGCAUUAGGGUUUUCAUCAGGAAUCCUAGGCAAUAAUGAAGCUAAUAAUGGCUUUAACCCGACUAAGCAUAUCCAAGAUUCAGUUACUUCAACUUCUCUACUUACUAAUUACUCCUCCAUAUUUGGUUGUUCCUCUUCUUCCACCGCCACAACUUCUCCAUCUAUAGCCACUUUACUUGCCUCUAGCCUUCACCAACAAAACAAGUUCAGUGUCAAAGACAGUAACAGAGCACCUAACCACUUCCAGAAUCUGACACCUUUUGAAGAUUUGCAAAUGAGUUGCAAUAGUACUGAAUCUGGGAUUGCUAUGAAAGAAGUGAAAACUGAACAAGGACAAAGCAGGCUGCACUGGAAUAUGCCAUGCCAAAAUCAGAUAGAGCAAAUGGGCUUCUCAUCAUCAGAACCUUCACUCUAUUGGAACCCUAACACGAGCAGUGUCGGUACAUGGCAUGAUCCAGCCAAUAUUGGAUCCUCAGUCACUUCUCUGAUAUAGCACCAGCUAAAACACUAUUUCUUUCAAAUUCAUCUCCCUCUAUUUUUUUCCAAUAAUCUUGGUAUCUCUGGUUAGGUUUUAUUUUUUUGUCAAUUAUAUCUCUGUUCGUAGUGGAGUUUAUGGUCAAAGUGGGAGUGUUCGAAAAAACCAAAAAAUGGGAAAAAAAAUAGAAAAGAAUAAAGUAUAAAGUUUGGCAUUGAUGCAAAAUUAAAGAUGAGAGGAGCUUGGAUCGGAGAGAUCAUGUCAGCUGCAAGAAAUCAGCCUGUUGGUUUUUAUUUUCAAAGGUUGAGAAUAUCCCUAUUUGCGCUGAGAGGAACCUCGGAUCUUCUUCAUAUCUCAUCAUGUCCUAGUUACCAUCAUUAUCACGGUCAUCUACACAGUGGUGGAGAAAAGGAUCAACUAUUUUGGUGCAGUUCUUUUGUAUCAGUAAGUUGGUCUAUUACUUUUUAAUUUGUAUGUAAAUAUUUAUGCAUGACAAGUACUCCUUUCUUUCUAAUGUAGUAUUUGUUAUUAGGUUGGGGAUUUUGGUGGGAUAUAUGUUACAAUCGUCUAGACGAGGCACUAAUUCCUUUCUUGAUUCUGAAUUAUGGUACUCUUUAAUACUUUUUUUUUUUUGGGAAAAAAGGUUUGGAUAUAGGUGGUAUAGGAAAGAGGGAGAUUUAGCAUGGUAAUGUGUCUUUUUUUUUUUUUUUUGUUAACGUUAUGUUCUUCUUGGGUCUUGGUUAUAUGUUGUCGACUUCUUUUGUAUUUGAUGUUAUUUGUAAGGAAAUUAUGGUUCUGGGA